AUGAAUACCACAGAAAGAGAACUCCAGCCUGGCUUCAGGAGAAGCCGUAUGACAUCCAUAAGGGGACUUAGAACUAGAAGCGUUGUAACUUUCAAUCCAACAACAAUUAGCCCGGGAGAAGAGCUGUACAUUAACAUCCCUAAACUAAAGCCUGACUCUUGUUUAGUUCCAGGUUCGCUUGCACUAUUAUUUGACUUCAAAAAUUCCAAUACAAAAAGCCACUUUAAUAAUAACCUGUCUAAGUUGAUAGCUAAACGUCUUCAGAUUAAAGUAGCCGGUGAAACAGCUUAUGACUGUUCAGGAGAGAGUUUGUACGAAAUAUACAGGGAUCUAUGGCUAACACAGGGUGACAGAAAUAAGAUGACAGAACAGGGCCUCGGAAGUGAAAACCUGAGAAAGCUAAUCUCAGGCGACGACUCAGGAGUAAAAGUUGGUAAUGCAGGUAAAGUAGCAGAUGCACUUCUCCACAGUGUGUACGGCUCUAAGCUGAGAAAACCAAUUGAUAAAAUAAUCGCAGACCAUGGACUCUACGUACCAUUCUACAUGAACAACAAUCCUAUGUACAUUCUCACACUACCCGGAUCAGAUGAGAUUAUGACGGCUCAAGGAGGUGAAGCUAAGGGUAAUUAUAAACUUGAUAACCUCGAGUUAGAAUAUGAGACCAUUGAGAGUGACACCCUUGCAGGUGAAGUAUCAAGGAUGUAUUCAACAGGUCGCUCACUAUCCUACAAACACGUCACGCUUAUGCGCACAAGUAAUUGGGACAAGGAUCUUACCAUUGUCAAUGAAAACAUAAAUAUCCCCAGAAAGAGCAUGUCAGCAAUUGUCCUUCUAUUUACCAAUAGAGUGAGAACCAAUUCUGAAGAAUAUAUUUACCCAAACAUUGAUAAAGUGAACCUAACCAUUGAAGGUGUACCUAAUGCGGUCUUCUCCCAAGGACUUCCUAAAAGUAGGUUCUUUGAAGAGGCAAAAAGAUUCUUUUGUCCUAUGUGUGAGAAAUCCAUGGCAGACGAAUUUAUGUCCAUCAGUAAGUUCUUCAGCGAUGGUUUCGCCUUAGUAGUAGAUCUAAGGUCAACUCAGGAUGAUACCACUGGAGGAGGAAGAAAGAUUGUUAACACACAGUCUGGAGUACUUAUGGAAAUUAAUAAGAGAGCCACAACAGCAGAUGUUCAGUGCAACAUUUUUGUUGUAUCAGAUGCUCUACUUAACUUUGCUAGUAGAGAUCUAUCAAGUAUUCAAUACUAA